GAUCAGCGUGGCAAGACUCCGCCCCGCAGCGCGGAGGGAUUUGGAGGGCUCCAGGCCGCCCUUGGCCACAAGGGGUGUGCAAGCCCCCUGAGCAGAGUCAGGGGAGGGGGAAAGGGACAGAGGCUGGCCCGAGAGUGGGGGGUUGGAAGCCGGUGCCCAACAUCGUCCACCAGAGGCGCCCGAUCCCACAGGCGCCGCCCCACUCAGGUGGUGCUCCUUGCACCCUCCGCCAAAAGCGCCCCCGCCCCACGCAGGUGAAGCUCAUCCGGUGGGACUGGCGUGGGCGGGGCAGGGCGAGAUUUGGGAAGGGGGCCUGGGCUGGGGUGCAAUGGAGGCUGAGCCAGUCCCGGACUUCAUGCUGCGAGAGCUGCUGGCGCCACGCUGUCUAGACCCCGAGCUGCCCCCGGAACCCCGGGCCCAGCGGGCACCGAGGACUCCUGGAUGCCUCAGACCCAGUGGCAGGUCCUUCUGGCCUGCACACCAGGAUUCAGUCACUGCACUGCGCUUCCUCCAAGAGACAGCAGAGGGGCUGGCCCAGCCUCCCACGUGGGACACCCAGGCCCUGGGGCCCUGCUGGGAGCUGAAGGCCCUGGGGACCCUGGGACCCCCUCCUCUGGCCAGGGAUGCCAAGAACAUGCUGACCCCAAUCAGCCAGCAGUGCCACAGCCCAGGGACUCCCCCGGCCUCUUCAGCUCAGCCACAGAGGAGGCCCCGGAAGCAGUUGAACCCCCAGAGGGGCUCAGAGAAAGUGGACCCCCAGUUCGAAGGGGUGACCCUGAAGUUUCAGAUAAAGCCGGAUGCCAGCCUCCAGAUCAUACCCAGCUACAGCCUGGCUUGCAGCAGCCGCUCUCAGGGUGCCCCGACUGGCCCUGCCGGGGGCCCAGAGGCCAACCUGCGAGGCAGCGAGGCCCUGGGGCCCCGACGCUGUGCUUCCUGUAGGACCCAAAGGACCCCACUCUGGAGAGAUGCUGAAGAUGGGACCCCUCUCUGCAAUGCCUGUGGAAUCAGGUACAAGAAAUACGGCACUCGGUGCUCUAGCUGCUGGCUGGUGCCCCGGAAAAGUGUCCAGCCCAAGAGGCUAUGUGGCCGAUGUGGAGUGUCGCUGGGCCCCCACCCAGUCCCAACUCAGGAAGGGUAA